CCAAAAUACGCUCUCCUUUAGUCUCUCUCCCCUUUCUCUUCAUCUAAUUUCCUUUGAUCAGCCAUGGCUACCGAACUCGAAAGCUCCUUAGUCUUUGCCCUUCUGUCCAAAUGCACCGUUCUAAGCCAAAAUAAUCUCGCCUUCUCUCUCCUUGCCAUAGUAUUCGUAUGGCUUGCCAUCUCUUUGUUCUUCUGGACCUAUCUCGGUGGACCUGCAUGGGGCAAAUUCCUCUCACGCCGGUUAACUAACAAAACCGGUACGGUUAUCCCCGGUCCAAGAGGGUUCCCUUUCGUGGGAAGCAUGUCUCUCAUGUCCAGCACUCUAGCUCACCGCCGAAUCGCAGACUCUGCGGAGAGAUUCGGAGCCAAACGGCUCUUAGCUUUCAGCUUAGGCGAGACACGCGUGAUCGUCACGUGCAAUCCCGACGUUGCUAAAGAGAUUCUGAAUAGCCCUGUUUUUGCUGACCGGCCGGUUAAGGAAUCAGCUUACUCUCUGAUGUUCAACCGGGCGAUUGGAUUUGCACCACACGGUGUUUACUGGCGAACUCUGCGGCGUAUCGCUUCGAACCAUCUCUUUAGUCCGAAACAAAUCAAACGUGCUGAAACACAGAGGCGAGUGAUCGCUAGCCAGAUGGUGGGGUUUCUUGAGAAACAGAGCACUAACGGCGUCUGUUUUGUCCGUGAGUUGCUCAAAACGGCGUCGCUUAACAACAUGAUGUGCUCUGUUUUCGGACAAGAGUACGAACUUGAUCAAGACCAUAGUGAGUUACGUGAGUUGGUCGAAGAAGGCUAUGAUUUGCUCGGAACAUUGAAUUGGACCGAUCACCUUCCUUGGUUAUUGGAAUUUGAUCCACAGAGAAUCCGGUCUAGAUGUUCCGCACUCGUACCGAAGGUAAACCGGUUUGUAUCCCGGAUUAUAUCCGAGCAUCGUAAUCAAACCGGUGACACGCCUCGUGAUUUCGUGGACGUCCUGCUCUCCCUGCAUGGCUCUGAUCAUUUAUCCGACCCGGACAUCAUCGCCGUUCUUUGGGAGAUGAUAUUCAGAGGAACGGACACUGUAGCGGUUUUAAUCGAGUGGAACCUAGCUAGGAUAGUGCUUCAUCCAGAUAUUCAAUCGACGAUUCAGAGUGAACUUGAUUUGGUGGUCGGAAAAUCAAGAGCUGUAGAUGAGUCUGACUUGGCUUCACUUCCAUAUCUGACGGCUGUGGUAAAAGAAGUCCUGAGAAUGCAUCCACCAGGCCCACUUCUUUCAUGGGCCCGUUUGGCCAUAACAGAUACGAUCGUUGAUGGUCGUUUUAUUCCGGCAGGGACCACAGCAAUGGUGAACAUGUGGGCAAUAGCGCAUGAUCCACACGUGUGGGUCGAUCCUUUGGAGUUCAGACCCGAAAGAUUCGUGACGAAAGAAGGUGAGGUGGAGUUCUCGGUUCUUGGGUCGGAUUUGAGACUAGCGCCUUUCGGGUCUGGUCGUAGGAUCUGUCCUGGGAAGAAUCUUGGAUUGACAACCGUUACGUUCUGGACCGCGACGCUGUUACACGAAUUUGAAUGGGGAGUGUCAGAUGGUAACGGCGUUGACUUAUCUGAGAAACUCAGGCUUUCAUGUGAGAUGGCUAAUCCUCUUGCUGCUAAACUGCGCCGUAGACGUACUUAAGAUUUUAAUAUUUUCAUGCGUAAGGUGUUUUUGUGCGUGUGUUGUGAUUUGUGAGGCUGGUGAAAGGUGAAUGAUGUGUCUCUA